AUGACAGGAGGUCUCGCUGCUGUUCUGCUAGCAAUUGUCCUCCUCUCUCGGAGUCACUUGUAUGUGAUGCCGAGGCGGCCCCGGGAUGCCAAGAGCCGAGAAGAGUCGCCUGAGCUGUCCCAGCGCAUGGACUUUGCUCUGCGUGGGCGUCGGGAGGAGGAGGUGCGGCAGUGCCUGCAACAGGCCUGGGCGCGGCGGCUGCGCUUGAAUGUAGCCACCUUCUCCCCGCUCAUUGAUCAGGCUGCGCAGCGGGGUGACUUGCAGAGUGCUGAGGAAUGGUUUGCCAAGGCCAAGCUCUUUGGGGCAAAGCGUGACGAGGUGGAACUCAAUGCUGUUGUCCACGCAGCUGUUGUCCAAGGCAACUUGUCGGCAGCAGAGUCGUGGUUCAACAGAGCCCGCGAAUACCGAGUUCAAGCUGAUGCUGUGACGCUCACCUGCCUGGUGCAUGCUUGCGGACAAGCAGGCGAUGCAGAGAGGGCCAAGCACUGGUAUCGUGCGGCUCCGGCUCUUGGCAUUGAGCCGAAUGUG